AUGACUUCGUAUUCUAGUAAUCCUUUUGUGUACACUCUUAUACUUAUCCUAUCAAUCGGCAACACGAUUUCAUUAUAUGCGAGUUCGUUGCCGCAUUCUCAAGAUCCGAAGCUAGUAGUUGACGAAGUCAAUAGAAGUGUAUUCAAUGCGUCAAGGAGGAGCCUGGCCUACCUAUCCUGUAGAACCGGAAAUCCAAUCGAUGAUUGUUGGCGUUGCGAUCCAAAGUGGGACACAAACCGCCAACGGCUAGCCGAUUGUGCUAUUGGAUUUGGCAAAAACGCCAUCGGUGGCCGUGAUGGCCGAAUUUACGUGGUCACAGAUCCAGCCAACGACGAUCCAAUAAACCCAAGACCUGGAACACUAAGACAUGCGGUCACACAAGAAGAACCAUUAUGGAUCAUUUUCAAGAGAGAUAUGGUCAUUAAACUCCAAAAAGAACUCAUCAUCUCAUCUUUCAAGACCAUUGAUGGUAGAGGCUCUAGUGUUCACAUAACCGAUGGACCUUGCUUAAAGAUUCACCAGGCUAAUAACAUCAUCAUUCACGGCAUUAACAUCCAUGACUGCAAACCAGGAUCUGGUGGCAUGAUUAGAGAUGGUCCAGAUCAUACUGGAAUGUGGAACCCAUCAGAUGGAGACGCAGUGGCGAUUUUUGGAGGGAAACAUGUGUGGAUUGACCAUUGCUCAUUGUCGAACUGCGACGAUGGUCUUAUUGACGCCAUACAUGGUUCCACGGCUAUAACUAUAUCGAACAACCAUAUGACGCACCAUGACAAGGUCAUGCUUUUAGGGCAUAGUGAUAGUUAUACAGAGGACAAGAACAUGCAAGUCACUAUUGCUUUUAACCAUUUCGGAGAAGGGCUCGUUCAAAGGAUGCCACGGUGCAGGCAUGGAUAUUUCCAUGUGGUGAACAAUGAUUAUACUCACUGGGAAAUGUAUGCCAUCGGUGGAAGUGCUAAUCCAACGAUAUACAGCCAAGGCAAUAGAUUUCUAGCUCCAGAGACCCGGUUUAAUAAAGAGGUUACAAAACAUGAAGAUGCACCCGAAAGCCAAUGGAGAGACUGGAAUUGGAGAUCGGAAGGUGACAUGUUGUUGAACGGAGCAUAUUUCAGACAAUCCGGUGCCGGAGCUCCAUCGACUUAUGCAAGAGCUUCUAGCCUAAGUGCGAGGCCGUCAUCGCUUGUGGGUUCCAUCACGACGACGGCAGGAGCACUAAGUUGUCGACGAGGUGGCCAUUGUUGAUUGUUCAGUAUAACGAUGAUAAGGAGAUCGUAAGAGAGAUGUAUUAAAGGAUCAUUGUUUACGCAGUGGUUCGUAUGUUCUAAUGAAUAGUAAAAGACUUUUAUAUAGUUUUUUUCAACGUAAUGUUACAAGUGUAAUGCGUCUGCUAUGUCUAUGGACAUUUGCGAGAGAUGAAUUUUAAAAUUUCUAUUAAUAUAAUUUUAAAG